UGAGCACAAUGGCUGCGAUGUUUUCACUGCUACUAGUUGGAUUGAUGGCGAGUCUCAGCACAGCUGCAGAUGUCAACGGUCAACUCAGACUCGUCAAAGGGACCAACAGCUGUUCUGGGAGAGUGGAGGUGUUCUACCAGGGCCAGUGGGGAACCGUCUGUGAUGACUCAUGGGAUUUGAACGACGCUAAAGUUGUCUGCCGGCAGGUGGGAUGUGGCGAUGCCAUCUCAGCACCAGGAAGUGCCCACUUUGGAAGAGGCAGCGGAAAGAUCUGGAUGGAUGAUGUUGCUUGCAAAGGGAUUGAGUCGUCCUUGAUGCUGUGCAAACAUAACGGAAUGGGAAAGCACAACUGUCAUUCAGAUGAAGAUGCUGGGGUUAUCUGUUCAGGUAGCUUAACAUUCUCCACGGCUUCUCCAGACACAUUCACGUCUGUCACAUACCCGUUGGCUAACAGUACUGGUGGCGACGCCAACACCCCCUUUAGACUUGUUAAUGGGGGCAACAGCUGUUCUGGGAAAGUGGAGAUGUUUCAUCAGGGCCAGUGGGGAAGCGUCUGUGAUGACGGAUGGGAUUUGAACGACGCUGAAGUUGUCUGCAGGCAGCUGGGAUGUGGCAGAGCCAUCUCAGCACCAGGAAGUGUCCACUUUGGAGGAGGCAGCGGAAAGAUCUGGAUGGAUGAUGUUGCUUGCACAGGGCAAGAGUCGUCCUUGGUGUUGUGUGAACAUAGAGGACUGGGAGAGCAUAACUGUGAUUCAUAUGAAGAUGCUGGGGUCGUCUGUUCAGGUGUUGUCACUUGUGUUGUUUCACUCUAA